CUCUCUGGUGGAGCCGAGCCCGGCGAAUGGGUGCAUGAAAAAGGAGAGCGGGGAAAUGGACUGCUAUUUGCGCCGCCUCAAACAGGAGCUGAUGUCCAUGAAGGAAGUGGGCGACGGCCUGCAGGACCAGAUGAACUGCAUGAUGGGGGCGCUGCAGGAACUGAAGCUGCUGCAGGUGCAGACCGCCCUGGAGCAGCUGCAGAUCUCUGGGGGCGGUCCUGCCCCAGGCUGCCCUGGAGGUCCCGGGACGCCCCCGCCGGAGCCCCCUCCAUGGGAGGGUGGCCGAGGUCCCGCCAGGCCUGCUGUCCCUUCUCCCUCCAGCCAACCUUCUCAUGGGAGCAGCAGCAGGUGUCCACCCCCCAGGAGUGUGUGGGGGAGGGAGCUGGCAGCCCGGCCCAGGACACAGCCACCAGAGCCCCAGAGCUGUGCCCGGCAGCGGCCAGAGCUGGCGGAACCCGACGACUGGACCUCCACGUUGAUGUCCCGGGGCCGGAACCGACAGCCUCUGGUGUUGGGAGACAACGUUUUUGCAGACCUGGUGGGCAACUGGCUGGACUUGCCGGAACUGGAGAAGGGCGGGGAGAAGGGCGAGCCCGGGGAGGCAGGGGAGCCCCAAGGAGAGAGGGGCCAGCCCCGUGAGCUGGGCCGCAGGUUCGCCCUGACAGCCAACAUCUUCAGGAAGUUCCUGCGCAGCGUGCGGCCUGACCGGGACCGGCUGCUGAAGGAGAAACCAGGCUGGGUGACACCCACGGCCUCAGAGCCCAGAGCCGGACGCUCGCAGAAGGUCAAGAAGCGGAGCCACUCCAAGGGCUCUGGGCAUUUCCCCUUCCCAGGAUCGGGGGAGCCCAGGCACGGCGACAGCCCCUCUGGCGGCUGCCCCAAGGCCCUGGAGGCCGCGCCCUCGGGCUUCGAUAUCAACACCGCUGUUUGGGUCUGAACCCCUGAGGCCAAAAGCUGACUGCACCCGAAGGGCCAGGCCCCAGAGCUGGGCCUGGGGAGGAGGGCGGCGGCUGGAGCAGCUUCCAAAAGCCGGACUCCAGGUUCCUCUUCCCCAGGAAGGAGGGAAAGGAGGCGAGCAUGUCCGGAGCAGGAAAGACAGCCUGUGUUGGGGAGAGGCUGUGCGGGCCCGGCUGGUGGGGGAGGUGGCCAUGUGCCUGUGUGUGUGGCUCACUUUGGGGCUGGAGGUGACAGCAGAGGGUGUAGGGGGAGGAGAC